GAGCGGGCAGGCGGGGCCGCCGCCAGCAGGACCCGGAACAGUAACAACAAUGGCCAGCUAAAUGGCAGUGUUGGUGAGUAGGAGAAGAAGGUGGCAGUCAGGAGCGAGGCUGCCUGGUCGUCCCACAUUGCCGCCCUGUCCCGGCAAUAUCUAGUGGGAGUGGCUGGGCCUGCGCCAGCCUGCCUGCGGCAAAGUGUUUCAAAACUGCCUUCGGAUAGUUUGAUGCGGAGGCCAGCCCCAGGGGCCAGGCUGGCGCCGCCGCAAGCCGGAGAGAGCGGGCUUCAGCCUCGCGCCGAGACCCGAGGCCUGUGGCUGCUCUGCACAGCAGCGGCUUCUCGCCUGAGGCGUCGGCCCGGAGGAAGCCCAAUGCCUGGUGGGGGGCGGUGGCUAGACGGCCGGCGGUCACGGCUGGACCUUGGGAGCAAGUGGAAGGCGGCAGAGAAGAGGGAGACGCCGCCCAGCGAGAGCCGCAGCGCUGUAAGAGCCAGGCUGUGAAUGGAAACAAGUUCCUCUCCUACGGCGGCCCGGUUAAGAGGGAUAAGUAUUCGGACUCUGAGGAGGAGGAGGAGGAAGACGACGACGGCCAGGAAGAGGUGGCAGAGACGAAUCAGCAAGUGUGGAAAGAGGAGUCGCUGGCCCGCCAAUACCUGGCCAGGAAAAGCCUGAGCAAGUCUUCUCCACCUUUCUCUGCCUGUAAAGGUGCUGCAGCCAGCGAUGGCUUGAUGGAGACCACAGGUGAAAGCAGUUGGUGGCCUUUCUACCUGAAGCCACAGGGCAGCGGUUGAUAGUCUCAGCCAGCAGACGGCAUGGAAAUCAGACAGUGAGAUGGACUAAUCAGUGUCAAGCAGAAGAGGUGAAUGUUUGGACUCAAGCCCGCUGCUCCCCAGAUACCGCUGCGGCUCUUCUAAGAAGACUCAUCCACUUUUGUUGCCACCCCUGCUUGCUGACUUGGACAGUAGCAAGAUGACAGAUUCUUUAAGCGCUAAUAGGAAACCAGCCAACAAUCAUGUCCUCACAGGUGCAGUCGGGGGCUAUGGUGUUGAACCCAGGAUAUAUACUGCUGCCAAAACCCUCUCUCCAGGUGCUGCUGCUUCCUCCUCUAUUAGAGUAAAUCACUCCAACCACACAGGUUCUAAUCACACGUACCUGAAAAACACAUACAACCAGAAGCUCUCAGAGCCUGAGGAGGAUCUUCUUCAGCAAUUCAAGAGAGAAGAAAUAUCCACCACAGGAGGUUUCAGUGCUCACUACCUGUCUAUGUUCCUUCUAACUGCUGCAUGCUUGUUUUUUCUGAUACUGGGACUCACGUACCUAAGAAUGAGAGGUUCUGGAGCAACUGACGAUGUGGGAGUUGACAAUAAAAAUCUGUUCACAGAAGAAUUACAAGCAAAUCUCAUGAACAGCUUGUACAAACUUCAUGAUAAGUUGGCACAAAUAGCAGGAGAGCAUGAGUGUGGCAACUCUGACAAGCAAGGUCUUUCCAUUCAGGAGGCAGCUGAAUAUUUGAAAAGUUUAGGUCCAGAAUAUGAAAGUGAGCUUAACAAAUCCCUGCAAUGGAUUCUAAAAAGUGGAGAAGAUGUUGGCAUAAAGUGUAUUGGCCACAACUCUGAUGAGGAAUCUAUAACUAAUUCAGCUGAUGUAAAAUACCUGAUAUCAACCAGGCCACAGAUGUCAUUUACAUGUCGUUUUCGGCGUGCAUUCGUUACUGUAACAUGUAGAUCAUUAAUUCUGCUUUUAGGUAUAGGCAUGAUUUGGGCAGUCUUGAGGUAUAUGAAAUAUUGGUGGUCUAAGGAGGAAGAGGAGACUAGACAAAUGUAUGAUAUGGUUGUAAAAAUUAUAGAUGUCCUAAGAAGCCACAAUGAAACAUGCCAGGAGAAUAAAGAUUUGCAGCCAUAUAUGCCUAUUCCACAUGUACGCGAUUCUUUGAUUCCACCUCAAGACAGGAAAAAAAUGAAGAAAGUGUGGAAUAGAGCAGUUGAUUUCCUUGCUGCUAAUGAAUCUAGAGUUCGGACAGAAACACGGAGAAUAGGUGGUGCUGAUUUUUUGGUUUGGAGAUGGAUACAGCCAUCUACACCAUGUGACAAAAUGUUGGUUAUACCCUCUAAAGUAUGGCAGGGACAAGCAUUUCAUCUGGAUAGAAGAAACUCACCUCCAAAUAGUUUGACACCAUGCUUAAAGAUUCGUAAUAUGUUUGAUCCAGUAAUGGAAAUUGGUGAUCAUUGGCAUUUGGCAAUUCAAGAGGCAAUUUUGGAAAAAUGUAGUGAUAAUGAGGGAAUUGUUCAUAUAGCAGUGGACAAAAAUUCACGUGAGGGUUGUGUGUAUGUCAAAUGUUUGUCUCCAGAAUAUGCUGGAAAAGCUUUUAAGGCAUUACAUGGUUCCUGGUUUGAUGGAAAAUUGGUAACAGUAAAAUAUCUACGGCUAGAUCGAUACCAUCAUCGUUUUCCCCAGGCUAUUACUUGCAAUGCUCCAUUGAAGCCAUCAAAUACACACAUGAACUCGAUGUCCCAUCUUCGUCUCCGAACAGGCACAAGCAACCCUCAGGGGAACUCCUGAGACAUUGCUACUAGAAACUGCUAACUUGCCACGGGAACAUUUCCUGUCUGGCCCCGUCUUCCACUUUUAGUACUUUUGUAUGUAACAUUUUCAUUAAUCCACGUUCCGGAAGUCUCAUGUUUCAGAAUAUCUGAGUAAUAAGACAGUAAAACUGAACUAAAAGAACAAUUGCUUUCGAGGUGUGUUGGAUCUCAAGCAAUCCAACUAAUUGUUUUGCAUGACAAAUGUUGAAUUUAUUAAACAUUCUCAGAUGUGGCUGUAUUUUUGCACCAACAAGUGUUUGAUAAUCUAAAAGCAUGGAGAUGUACCGUAUUUCCAUAAUUUCCUGUGAAAAAACUUGUAGGUAUUUUGUAACAAAGCCCCCUACAGUUUAUGAUGGCAAGUGAAUAGAAGUGUUUCUUUCUGUCUGGUCUUGGUUGCUGUUGCAAUAAAAGUUUUAUCUAUGUCAGUCUAGGGAUGGAAACAAAAUUCUGUUUUGGUGGGAAAACCAACAAUGCAGAUCUGCUGGUUUUGUAUAUAAAUGUAAAUGCAGGUGGUGGCAGCAAAGUAAUCUUGUUUUGUGAAGAUGUCUGCAUUCAAGCAGUGAAUAAGCUUCCUGUUUUAUUCAUAACCUAAUGUUUUAUAUAUUUUGACUGUACCCUUACAUAAAGGUCAAACAGUCAAACACCUUGAAGUAUUAGAUACAAGUUAAAUAUCUUUUAUAGGUUUUAUAUUAAAAUAUCUGGUUAUGAUUUUAUGUGAAUGGUCUGAUAUUGUGAUUGUGAUGAUGGAUUCAAAAUUAUGUGAGCAAUAAAGAAGUGAUUGGCAGGUACUCAAACACUUUGUGAAAACCUGUUAUUUAUUACAGAAGGAAGGCAGUGGUAACAUACCACUGAAGGAGUAGACUUUCCUAUAGGGUUUUGCUACCCAGACAUGUAAAACUAAAGAUGCACAUAUUUUGGAAACAAAAUUUUGGUUGUAAGAGCUUAGGAAUGCAGUACAUUUACAUGAAGAGUUGUAUAUGUUUCUAUAUUAAAUUAAUGCUUUUUUUACACCUAAAACCACAAAAUUUGUUGAGAAAUUUAGUUGAAAAUAUAAAAUUAUUGGCUACAAUAAUUCCUGUGAAUGCAGCAUAAUUUGUCAAUCCAACUGGACAUUGUAUAGAAGAGAUGAGAAACCAACCAGUUUAAGAAACAUUGAUUAAAGCCCAGUUUUAUUGUAGAUAAUGGAUCUGCAGCAUGAACUUGCACAAAUAAUGCACAUUUUUUAAUGGUUAAGUGAACAUGAUGCACACUAUUCUGCAACAGAAAAUCCUAUUGUGCCUUACCUUCCUGCUUUUUGUGGGCAACAUGUUUAAUAAGGGAAGGUUUCUUACCUGGAAAAAACCCUUAGUUUUAUGUCUUGGAUGCUAACAAGUAUGUGUAAUAUAAUCAGCCGUGCAAAAUUCUACUCCCCAAGAGCAAGUACAUAUUUUUGACAAGCGAGUAGAUUUUUGUUAAGUCUGAUAGAUUUUUCAUUACUACAUACAUAUACAAAUAUAUAUAAUAUACAUGUAUAUGUAUUAUAUGUAUAUAAUCAGAGUUUGCUGUAUUUGUGCAUCAUAGUGAUUUUAUUGACCUGAUCUUAGUAACCAUCUUGUGAUCUGUUGCAAGCGUGAAUGUAAAAUUAGUUGUGGCCGUUUAAAAGGUUGCCUUUGAUGCUGAUGCAUCUUCCUUGCUUAAACUAUUUGUAAACACUGUACAUUUAUUAUAGUAAUCUGUACUAUUAUGCAGCUUAUUUUACCUAAAAACGUUGACCAAUAUUCCUUCCUGCAAGACAGAUGGGAAUGUGUGUAAUACCUUGGACACUUGAGAAAAUGAGAUGUUUGUAAUUUGUAAUUUGUCCUGUAAAAACACAAAAGUAAAACAAGACUAAUUAAAGAUUUAUUAGGGCUUUUUA